CCUAGUACAGUACAUCAACAUUCAGUUUCCAGACAUUAUACUCCUAGUACAGUACAUCAACAUUCAGUUUCCAGACAUUAUACUCCUAGUACUGUGUAAUGGUUCAUAAGAAAAGCCUAAUUAUUCCUCACUAGAGGUGACUAUUCUUCCUUAAAAUCCACUCCGUUCUGCAAGGCCUCUGCUAACCUGUUACAUUGUGUGAUGUUACGUUUCUCUGUUUUUAAUGACAACCUUUUUCUGUACUCCUGUCCAAUCUUUGAUUAAAAAAAAAAUGCAUCGUAUUGUGAUUUGUUGACGACUGUGUGUUUUGUACAAUUUCAUUCAGACAAUCUAAUUUUUAAAAAAUGAAAUAGUUUUGCUUGCGCAUUAUUGUCCCGUUUUCAAUAAGGACUCAUCCCUGUGUGGUCUAUUGGACGUGAUGGAUGCUGCUUGUCGCAUGCACACAGGAACGGCCAGAGGAUCCCCUUUAGCCCUCGCCUGCGCAGCCUGACUACCCUGAAGACACUCCACCAGCCUGCGUACUGUUAACCUAAAGCCCGCUGACCAGCGAGCACCCUGGUGACCAUGCAUGGACCAGGAUGCCACUGCUUCAGCGAUACUUUACUUCUAAUAGGUAUUUCUUCCCCCCUCUGGAUGCCCCCAGGGCAGGGCCCAGGUACGGCCACCUGCUGCCCCCCUUCUCUGAUAGAGCACUCUGAUGCCCAGUUCAGCCCCCACAGCCAGCUCCCCCAGUCCCCCAUGGCCAUCCAUGGCCAGCCCCCCCAAUCCCCUCUGUCCCUGCACAGACUGUACUCACACUCUAGAGCCCUCAACACCCUGCCUGAACACGACUGACCCUCUAGAGCCCUCAACACCCUGCCUGAACACGACUGACCCUCUAGAGCCCUCAACACCCUGCCUGAACACGACUGACCCUAGAGCCCUCAACACCAUGCCUGAACACGACUGACCCUCUAGAGCCCUCAACACCCUGCCUGAACACGACUGACCCUCUAGAGCCCUCAACACCCUGCCUGAACAUGGCUGACCCUCUAGAGCCCUCAACACCAUGCCUGAACACGGCUGACCCUCUAGAGCCCUCAACACCUUGCCUGAACACAGCUGACCCUCUAGAGCCCUCAACACCAUGCCUGAACACGGCUGACCCUCUAGAGCCCUCAACACCAUGCCUGAACACGGCUGACCCUCUAGAGCCCUCAACACCCUGCCUGAACACAGCUGACCCUAUAGAGCCCUCAACACCCUGCCUGAACACAGCUGACCCUCUAGAGCCCUCAACAUCCUGCCUGAACACAGCUGACCCUCCAGACCCCUCAACACCAUGCCUGAACACGGCUGACCCUCUAGAGCCCUCAACACCCUGCCUGAACACGACUGAUCCUCUAGAGCUCUCAACAUCCUGCCUGAACACAGCUGACCCUCCAGACCCCUCAACACCAUGCCUGAACACGGCUGACCCUCUAGAGCACUCAACACCCUGCCUGAACACGACUGAUCCUCUAGAGCUCUCAACAUCCUGCCUGAACACAGCUGACCCUCCAGACCCCUCAACACCAUGCCUGAACACGGCUGACCCUCUAGAGCCCUCAACACCCUGCCUGAACACGGCUGACCCUCUAGAGCCCUCAACACCCUGCCUGAACAUGGCUGACCUUCUAGAGCCCUCAACACCAUGCCUGAACACGGCUGACCCUCUAGAGCCCUCAACACCCUGCCUGAACACAGCUGACCCUAUAGAGCCCUCAACACCCUGCCUGAACACAGCUGACCCUCUAGAGCCCUCAACAUCCUGCCUGAACACAGCUGACCCUCCAGACCCCUCAACACCAUGCCUGAACACGGCUGACCCUCCAGACCCCUCAACACCAUGCCUGAACACGGCUGACCCUCUAGAGCCCUCAACACCCUGCCUGAACACGACUGACCCUCUAGAGCUCUCAACAUCAUGCCUGAACACGGCUGACCCUCUAGAGCCCUCAACACCCUGCCUGAACACAGCUGACCCUCUAGAGCCCUCAACAUCCUGCCUGAACACAGCUGACCCUCCAGACCCCUCAACACCAUGCCUGAACACGGCUGACCCUCUAGAGCCCUCAACACCCUGCCUGAACACAGCUGACCCUCUAGAGCCCUCAACACCCUGCCUGAACACGGCUGACCCUCUAGAGCCCUCAACACCCUGCCUGAACACAGCUGACCCUCUAGAGCCCUCAACACCCUGCCUGAACACGGCUGACCCUCUAGAGCCCUCAACACCAUGCCUGAACACGGCUGACCCUCUAGAGCCCUCAACACCCUGCCUGAACACGGCUGACCCUCUAGAGCCCUCAACACCCUGCCUGAACACGGCUGACCCUCUAGAGCCCUCAACACCCUGCCUGAACAUGGCUGACCUUCUAGAGCCCUCAACACCAUGCCUGAACACGGCUGACCCUCUAGACCCCUCAACACCAUGCCUGAACACGGCUGACCCUCUAGAGCCCUCAACACCCUGCCUGAACACGGCUGACCCUCUAGAGCCCUCAACACCCUGUCUGAACACGGCUGACCCUCUAGAGCCCUCAACACCCUGCCUGAACACGACUGACCCUCUAGAGCCCUCAACACCAUGUCUGAACACGGCUGACCCUCUAGAGCCCUCAACACCAUGCCUGAACACGGCUGACCCUCUAGAGCCCUCAACACCCUGCCUGAACACGGCUGACCCUCUAGAGCCCUCAACACCAUGCCUGAACACGGCUGACCCUCUAGAGCCCUCAACACCCUGCCUGAACACGGCUGACCCUCUAGAGCCCUCAACACCAUGCCUGAACACGGCUGACCCUCUAGAGCCCUCAACACCCUGCCUGAACACGGCUGACCCUCUAGAGCCCUCAACACCCUGCCUGAACACGGCUGACCCUCUAGAGCCCUCAACACCCUGCCUGAACACGGCUGACCCUCUAGAGCCCUCAACACCCUGCCUGAACACCACUGACUGGGAGGAUACUCUUCUUCUUAGUGACUAAUCAGAAGAAGACCUUCCCCUCUCCCAGAACAGUUUGAAAAAUGUAAUGAUUUCUUAUCCAUUUUGUUUACGAUAGUCCCUCCGUAUGUAAACAGCCCUAGUGCUGACUGACAGUCUGACAGUCUGCCUCCCUGGCAGUCUGCCUCCCUGGCAGUCUGCCUCCCUGGCAGUCUGCCUCCCUGACAGUCUGCCUCCCUGGCAGUCUGCCUCCCUGGCAGUCGGCCCAGAUGUAGUCUCCCAGAGUUGUGAGUGAUGAUUCUCUAGAUAUAUAUUUGAUCUGGGUUUUUAUUGAAUUAAAAACCAACAUGCUGGUUUACUACGGUGCCUACGGUUCAAACUCACAUCACUGUGUUGGAAUGUGUCUUUACAAGACCGUGGCUCUGGGUGUAAUUAAUGUGGGUGUAAUUAAUGUGGGUGUAAUUCAUGUGGGUGUUAUUAAUGUGGGUGUAAUUCAUGUGGGUGUAAUUCAUGUGGGUGUAAUUAAUGUGGGUGUAAUUCAUGUGGGUGUUAUUAAUGUGGGUGUAAUUCAUGUGGGUGUAAUUCAUGUGGGUGUAAUUCAUGUGGGUGUAAUUCCCGUGGGUGUAAUUCCCGUGGGUGUAAUUCCCGUGGGUGUAAUUCAUGCGGGUGUUAUUCCCGUGGGUGUAAUUCCCGUGGGUGUAAUUCCCGUGGGUGUUAUUCAUGUGUGUGUUAUUCAUGUGGGUGUAAUUCCUGUGUGUGUGUGUGUGUGUGUGUUUAAUUUCAAGCCUAAUGUUGUUGCAUUAAUGAAAUGGGGGCUAUUCAAUGCAUAUGAGAGAUUUUAAAGAAUAAAUGCUCAUUUAAAUGUC